AUGGGAGGAUCGCAGCCAUGGCCACAGGUUCCGGUCGGAAACAAGGACCAUACUGAUGCCGCAGUUGUUAUUAUCGGAGCGGGCAUCUCUGGAAUGUGUAUGGCGAUUGACCUCAUCAAGCGAAACCAAUGUCACAACUUCAUCAUCGUGGAGAAGAGCUCUAGUGUCGGCGGCACAUGGCAUGACAACAAGUACCCCGGCUGCUGCUGCGAUGUCUGGUCUAUGCUAUACAGUUAUUCCUUCGAACAAAAUCCAGAUUGGACGAGAGAGUAUCCGGGACAAGAGGAGAUACUUGAUUAUCUCCGCAACGUAGCCCGCAAGUACAACCUGUACAAAUACAUUCGUUUCAACACAUCCGUCGAAGCCGCAACGUGGGACGACUCGAAGAACCGCUGGAAGGUCGACGUGAACGUGACUGGCGGCAAAGAUGCAGAGUUCAACCCCGCUUACAGCAUUGAGUGCGACUUCCUGGUCUCAGCUGUUGGUCAGCUCAACCAGCCACAAUACCCGGAUAUCGAGGGUUUGGAGAGCUUCAAGGGCAAGAUCAUGCAUUCAGCGCGCUGGGACUGGAGCCACAGGCUUGAGGGCAGGAGUGUGGGCAUCAUCGGGAACGGUGCCACGGCUGCUCAAAUCAUCCCAGAAAUCCUACCGCAAACCUCGUCCCUGCACAUUUACCAACGAUCCCCGAACUGGGUCAUCCCGCGUCUCGAUGGCCCGGUUAGCGCCCUCAAACGUGCCGUACUGCGCUAUCUACCCCCAGUUCGCUGGCGCAUACGCAGUUCUAUGAUGGAUUUCCGGGAGUCCUUCCACGACGCCGUCACGGAUAGCAAGAGCGAGUUCGCAGAAGUGAUUCGAAGCAGUUGCAUGGAAAUGAUGAAGACACAAAUCCCCGACCAGCCUUCACUGUGGGAGAAACUCACACCAAACUACAGCCCAGGCUGCAAACGGGUCAUCAUAUCCGACGACUACUACCCCGCCGUAGCCAAUCCCAAGACAACGCUUGAAACAAACAAAAUCCGUCGCAUCACAGAAACCGGCAUCGAACUCGAAGACGGUACCCACCACGAGCACGACACCAUCGUCCUCGCAACCGGCUUCCGCACAGUCGAAUUCCUCCACCCCAUCAAAGUAAUCGGAGCCAAUUCGCGCCCCUUGGCAGACAUUUGGUCUUCCGGUGCUACAGCCCUCUAUGGCACUACCAUUCCCUCUCUCCCCAACUUUGGUCUUUUCUAUGGCCCCAACACAAACCUAGGUCACAACUCCAUCAUCCUGAUGAUCGAAGCACAGUCUCGCUACCUCAACACCCUCGUUUCCGCCGUUCUCGAUGCGCGAAACCGCGGUCAGAGAAUGGGCAUCAUGCCCAAAGAAGACAGGACACAUGAGUGGAACGAAGGUAUUCAGCAGAUUUUGAGGAACAGCAGUUUCGCCGACCCGAACUGCAUGUCGUGGUAUAAGAACAAAGAGGGGCGAAUUACCAACAACUGGUCCGGGACGGUCGUCGAGUACCAGGAGCAGCUUGCUAAGAUUGAUUGGGAGGAUUUUGAAACCACUGCUACUACUGAUGAGGAAGAGAAGGAUGCGAGUGCGACUGCUGCUGGCGGUGUUAGUGCGAGUAAAGUCGUUUUUGGGACGGGCAAGCAGGAGACGAAGAUUGGUCGGGUGCGCGAGGAGACGCUGGUGAGUAACACGACGUUGGUUCUUGGAACGUUGAGUGCGGUUGCUGCGGGUGCUGCGUGGGUUUAUCGAGGUAAGUUGCAUAAGAGACUUGGGCUGCGGACCUGA